AUGGCGAGCUCGACGAUUACGACACUACGACUCCGCGCUCGCCGCGCCAACUUCGAUAUCAUGAGCGUCGAUCAGGAACGUCCUCCACGUCUGCACUUUCAAAGGCUCGCGCGGUCCCUUGACAGCGCGUCUCGCACAAGGUUCAGGACCGGUGUCGGUCUGCUGACAUUUCUGGAGAAGCGGGACCUCCUCACGCGCCACCCCGCCCUUCGGGAAGGGUUUGAGAAGAUCAAGGCUCUGAAUCAGAGGGGAAUCGCCGGCAAGGAGCUUGUGAAGGCCAAGAACGAAUAUCGUGUGAUGUUCAGGACCGCGAGUAGGGCGUAUUGUGAGGCAGAAUGCAAGCGGGACGUCUCGAUACAGGCGAAACAGAAUCAGUUGAAUAUAUUCGCUGCACCACCCCCAAGCCCGGAACCGUCGUCGGACGCGGAUACGGCACAAGCCGCCGACGAGGUGCCGCCCUUGAAACAUCCAAACGAGUACGCUCGCGUCGCCCACACACCACCGGGCCGUGCACGCCAAUAUCUCAUAGAACACUAUGCACUGUUGCCCCGUCCCACUCGCAUGGUGUCCUUCAGCACAGGCCUGGCUUCCCUGGCCACCGGCGGGAUAUGCGCCACUUGCCAUCUCAAGGUUCAGCAGCAAACUCGUGUCGUGCUGCAUGUCGCCUCAUGUCAGGCUGAAGCCAAGCUCUCGGAGGGUCGCGACCUGCUUCCGGGUGCUGAAUGGGAGCCGCGCGCCUGCACAACGUGCCCUCUCAAUCCAACAUCCACCUGCGUAGACACCGUCUGUCACGCCGAGGAAGACUUUCAUACCCACGUUCGCGAGUUUCGCUCCCCGUACGGCACCUGUCCAUUCUGCCCAUUCAAGAGUACGAGCGAGCACCCGUUCCAUCUGGCACAAGAGUACGGAUAUGCCCACGACGGAGGAUUUGCUGAAUAUCGCUUCGCGCGUCAGGAGUGGGGCUCGUCGCUCCGAACGGUCUUGACGAAGAUGCCUGCGCCACGCUAG